CGCCGAUCAACCCGACCAACGCUCUGGCUGUUCCUGCUCUGUUGCCCUGCACUGCCCUGCCCUGUCCGGCCAUCGACAGUCCUUCUUCCCUCCCUCCUCUGCCUGUGAUGGAUCCACUGCAGAAGCUCAAGCGCACGCUGCCAUCCACUGGGGUGACGUCCUCGCCGCAUUACGACCCCAAGAAACUCGAAGCCGGGCUGUUGAUGUGGGUGCUGCAGUUCCACUCUCCUCAUCCGCCGGCAUCGAACCACACCAACGGCUCGAUGCGACGGCAGUGUGCACCGCUGCUACUGCAUCGUGUCCCUCUGGGUCGGCUCAGCCCUGUAGUGCUCGACUCUUGGCUCGCCCCGCUGGCGAGUCGUUUGCGCUCGGCCAAACUUGGGGGUUCCUGCACACUUUUCACCCACUUGCUCGCCGCUGAUGUUUACGCCUCCCCCCUCCCGCCUGCAUACCGCCCGCUGUGCUCAUUCCGGCCGCUUCCCGGGACCAGCCAACUGAUCAAAGAUAAAAAGCAGCUGCAGGAUGUCGCUGCUAUCCAAAAGGAAGAAAUUAAUCGGCUACAGAGCCAGGAGCUCAAGCUGCGAGCCGAGCUCCUCAUCAACAAAGACGAGAACAGCUAUCUCAAAGACGAAAACGUCAAGCUGCGGCAACUCGUCAAGGCCCUGACGGAGCGACUGACGGAGCGGAUGGCCGAGCUUUCCAGCACGCUUGUCUCAAGGGCAACGCCGACGACGCUCGAGUCGCUCGGCGCGAUCGAAGUGAGCGCCGAUGUCCCCACGACAGAAGCACCGUCACUGGAUCAUCCGCAGCUCCUGCUUCCCAUCCCCGGGGUGCCAGAGGAGCUUGCUUCCGAAGACGGAGGCGUUGACCGCAAGCCGCCCCUCGAUGAUACCGACAGCGCCUAACAGCAGUCCUGGGCUGCUGUGCGGCCCGUGAGCUUGACGGUGGAGGUCUCAUGGUUCGCUGUGAG